AUGGAGGCCGGGGUGGCGGCGGCCACGGAGCCGGCGGCGGUGGCGAAGGGCACGGAACCGGCGGUGGGCACGGAGCCGGCGGCGAGCGAGGCGGAGGCGGUGGCCGAGGCGGAGGCGGCGGUGGUGGCGGAGGCGCUGCGGCUGCUGCGGAUCGAGCCCUCGGCCGCGGGCGAUGCCAGCGCGGGGCGGGCGGGCGACGCGGCGGAACCGUGUUCGAGGAACGCGCUGCGGAAGCGGCGGCGCUGGCAGCGGGUUCUCGCCGCCCGGCGCGGGAAGCGGCAGCAGGAGCGGCAGCGCCGCCGGGCACGGCGGGCAGCGGGGGACGGGCACGGCCCGGGAGCGGCGCUCGGCAGCGGCCCCGGCGGGCCCGGGCCGCCGUCCGUCCGCCGCGGGAGGGUUCCGGCCGCCCUGGCCACCGAGCGGCUGCUGCAGGCGAGGGCGGCGGGGCCGCGGCUCUGCGUGGACCUCGGCGUGGGCGGCGGCAUGAGCGAGAAGGAGAGCGGCCGCCUGGCCUCCCAGAUCCGGCGGCUCUACGGGGCGAACCGCCGCGCCGCCCGGCCCUUCUGGCUGUGCCUGACCGGGUUCGCGGCCGGGACGCCCAUCUACGAGCAGUGCUUCCGCAUGAACGACGGCUUCGCGGGGUACCUGAUGGAUACAACUCCAGAGAGUUACCUGGACCUGUUUCCUUUGGAGGCCAUUGUUUAUCUCACUCCUGACUCUGAGAAUGUGCUGGAAGACAUCGACCCGAGCAAGGUGUACGUGCUGGGAGGGCUGGUGGACGAGAGCAUUCACAAGGAGCUGACCCUGCGGAGGGCGCGGGAGCAGCACCUGCAGACAGCCCGGCUGCCCAUCCGUGAGUACAUGGUGAGAGCCCCCAACGCCAGGAACUACCACUCCGAGACACUGGCCAUCAACCAGGUCUUUGACGUCCUGUCCACCUUCUACGAGACGCGGAGCUGGCCAGCAGCUCUGAGGGCUGGGGUUUCCUCUGGGAAGGGCUACGUGCUCCCGGACACAGCGCAUCAGGCGGAGACAGCCCCGAGCACCACUGCUGCCCAAGGAAAUGCUUUAUUGCAUGGAGAGGAGCUGCACAGGCAGGAAGCACCAGCGUGACCGUGCACAGCAGACAGCUGUUCGCAGCAGGACCUCGUUGGAGCAACACCUUCUACCUCAGGACUGCGGUGCUGGACAUCGCCGUGCCCCCGAGCAGGGAGGAAAGCCUGGGAUCAAGUGAAAACUGACAGGAAUUCAAUUCUUCGCUUCUUCGUAGCUGUUCAUUCAUGACUCCUGCAUCUACACUUGUUCUGAGGUGGGGAGGAGAGCUAUAGGGUGUUUGCUUCUUUUUACUGAAACAGGGUAAGGUGCAGCUGGGGUUGCAAAGCUUUUGGGCAAGGCAGAGGCCCUGCAUGGGACAGAGAAGGCAGGAUGGGGAGCAGCUCCCAAGGGCACUGUGGCCCUGCAGCUUAAACCCACGGACACUUGGUGGGUUGUCAAAGCCUUUGGCAAGUUGUACGCAUCUAAUAUAAAAGGUUUGGAUCCCCA